GCCGGGCGGUGGGGGCGCACGCGUCUUUCUGCAGAAACCUGCGCGCACCGUGGGUAGGCUAAGCAGGUAGGCUAAACUGGAAGUAGUGUUCGGGGGCGCUGGAGCAGGCGGACCUUUGGGUGUGGGUGGUGGCCGGGCACCUGGGACCCAGAAGGCGGUGCUGUACACGCCGUGGUUUUCGCUCAGCGCUUGGAAGGACCUAACUCCACAGCUGGGUGCCAGCUGGGUGCGUUCCCACAGAGCCAAGAAAGCGAAACAAAACCUGCACAGGACUGUCGUGAGACUCUGGCAUGCUGAUCCCAUUUUCAAUGAAGAAUUGCUUCCAGUUACUUUGUAGCCUCAAGGUCCCAACAGCUGGCUUUAAAAGCACAGUAAAAAGUGGGCUCAUUUUACAAUCGAUUUCCAAUGAUGUUUAUGAAAAUCUGGCUGUAGAAGACUGGAUCCAUGACCACAUGAAUCUAGAGGGCAAGCCGAUUCUUUUCUUGUGGAGAAAUUCUCCGUCUGUUGUAAUAGGUAGACAUCAGAAUCCUUGGCAGGAAUGCAACCUGAAUCUGAUGAGAGAAGAAGGUAUAAAACUGGCUCGGAGAAGAAGUGGAGGAGGAACAGUCUAUCAUGAUAUGGGUAAUAUCAAUUUGACUUUUUUUACAACCAAAAAAAAGUAUGAUAGGAUGGAGAAUCUGAAAUUAGUUGUGAGAGCUCUGAAUGCUAUCCAACCACAGCUCGACGUUCAGGCCACCAAAAGAUAUGACCUUUUACUUGAUGGACAGUUUAAAAUCUCAGGAACAGCUUCUAAGAUUGGCCGUACUACUGCUUAUCACCAUUGCACUUUGUUAUGUAGUACCAAUAGGAUCUUCUUGUCAUCUUUGCUGAAGAGCCCUUACCAAGGGAUCAAGAGCAAUGCUACUGCUAGCAUACCUUCCGUAGUAAAAAAUCUUUUGGAAAAAGAUCCCACUCUGACCUGUGAAGUACUGAUGAAUGCUGUUGCUGCAGAAUAUGCUGAUUACCAUCAAAUUGAUAAUCAUAUUAACCUAAUAAACCCAACAGAUGAGACACUGUUUCCUGGAAUAAAUAAUAAAGCCAAAGAACUACAGACCUGGGAGUGGAUAUAUGGCAAAACUCCCAAGUUUAGUAUAAACACUUCCUUGAAUGUAUUAUAUGGACAGUCACAUUUGGAAAUUAAAAUAUUCAUAGACAUAAAGAAUGGAAGAAUUGAAGUCUGUAAUAUUGAAGCACCUGAUCAUUGGUUGCCACUGGAAAUAUGUGACAAAUUAAAUGCAAGUUUUAUUGGCAGUAAGUUUUGCCCAAUUGAAACUACUAUGUUAACAAAUAUAUUACAUAGAACAUGUUCUGAAGAUGAUGAACUACACAGUAAAUGGAAUAUUCUCUGUGAAAAAAUUAAGGGAAUAAUGUGAUUCCAAAUAAAUUUCU